AUGUCACUCCCUGUCACUUAUGUUGCUCUUUUUAUAUCUGUAAUCUUUUUUAUAUUGGUCCUGAAAACCAGGAAGUGCCAACAGCUCCUGGCCUUCGUGGUGGCGCUCAUCGGCUUCCUGGGCACCGUCCUGACCUGUGCGCUGCCCAUUUGGAAGGUGACGGCUUACGUCAGCGGCAACAUCGUGACAGCCCAGGUGUUGUGGGAGGGCCUGUGGGUGAACUGUCUGCUGCACAGCACGGGACACCGGCAGUGCAAAGCCUACGACUCUCUCCUCGCUGUUCCCGAGGACCUGCAGGCGGCCCGGGCCCCGAUGUGCAUCUCCAUCGCCGUCGGUGUGGCGGCCAUAUUCCUGAGCAUGCUCGGGGCCCGGUGCACAAACUCCUACAGAAACGAAAAUAUCACCAAGGCUCUGAUGGUCCCCCUCGUGGGGAUAGUGUUCAUGGCGGCCGGGGUGCUGUGCAUCGCGACCGUGAGCUGGUCAGCUCACGUCACCAUCACGGGCUUCUAUAACCCCCUGGCCACGGAGGGGAGGCGGGGGGAGCUGGGGGCCGCCAUCUACGUGGGCUGGGUGUCUGGGUUCCUCCUCUUCCUGGGGGGAGGGAUGCUCCGCCGCACCUACAGAUGCUGCUGAGAACUAACUCGCCACUGAGACCAAACAACAAACUGGACCUCCAGUUAGAAUGGCUACAUAUUCAUGAGGCCAGACUUUUGUGAGUUUUUUCAGAUGUUUUUUCAGAUGUUCGUGAUCUCAACAUUGUUAAAAAAUGUAUCAAUGUCAGCAGUUAUCUUAGCCACUAUAGUGAUGCCAGUGCUAUGACAUUUACCGUAGACUGUGGAUAUCACAGAUAGGACAGACACGUCAAAGAUUCUCGUUUUUAAGAAAGGAAAGUUGUCUUUAGUUUACUGUUGACUGUAGAGGACUGAUUUAUGAGGAGACAUAAUAAAUCAUUUGCACCCCCCAAGAGACAUGGGAGUGGAGAAUAAGCCUAUUAUGACUGUAACAGUAGAUGUUUACAAAUGUUUUCUUGUACAUUUAAAUUAUUUAAUCUGUAAAUCUAGCAUUAUUUUACUUGAGAUCACAUGUGUAUAUAUUUAUGUCAUAAGAUGCCAUAUCAUUAAACACUGUGACGGUGACCGGUGAUUGUGACGUGACAGUGUUCUAUCGGAAUCCUAAUCUGUAGUCAUGACAUGUUUUGUAUCACGUCAUUGUAAGACAUGUUUAUGGCAUUUUUAUUAUAUCAUUGUAAAACAUGAUUAUGGCAUAUACAGUUUGUGGCCUCCAGUGGAGAAAGUAGCAGUUUUUAUAUAUCUAGCCAUCCAAAUGUUUAUAUGAAGUCAAAUGUUUCUAUGAAGUCAGAAGUUUUUUAUGAUUGUUAUUCACCAAAAUGCCAAAGAAAAUUCCUUGUUAAACUUACUUGGCAAUAAAAAA